AUGGGCAUAACGCGGGGAUCACGGGAGAAAGAACCGUCCGAUCGUCCGGUUUGCUCUUCUUUUGAUUCUGACGACGAGGCUUCACAGGUAAUGCAAGUCGCGCCUGUCGCCGAAACCCGAUGGCAAUACCUUCGCCGUUACUUCACUACUCGAGAUGGAUGGGUUGGCAAUUAUGACUAUCUCUAUCUGGUAACCCCGAAUAUAUGGCCCAUGAACCUGCGCUACAAAGAUUAUGAAGCUCCGUUCUAUGGCCUGAACGAUGAGGUCCCGAUCUUGUUGACGAUUAUCCUGGGAUUGCAGCAUGCCUUAACAAUGAUUGGAUCUGUUGUCUCACCUCCCUUGGCAAUUGCAAGUGGUGCAUUUUAUCUGAACUCAGACCAAAGCCAAUAUCUCGUGUCCGCGGCGUUCAUUACCACGGGGAUCGCCACGGCCCUUCAAGUUACACGGGUUCAUUUGGCGAAGACUCCUUUCUAUAUCGGCACAGGCCUCUUGUCAGUCGUAGCACCAACUUUUGAUAUCCUGGCGAUUGCCUUCAGCUAUGCCGAUAUGCGCUAUGCAAAUGGCACUUGUCCGAUCGCAUCUGAUGGUUCCAAAUUACCAUGCCCUGAUGCAUGGGGCGCCAUGCUUGGCACCAUUCUUUGUACUGUUUGGAUUCAGAUAUUGCUUUCCUUUGUCCCACCCAAAAUUCUUAACCGAAUUUUCCCGAAGGUGGUCACUGGCACUCUUCUUCUGCUUGUGGGGGUGUAUCUGAUCUCUAGCGGCAUGGAAAAUUGGGGUGGUAGCUCAAAUUGCGAUGGCGGCUCUGGGUAUUAUGCGCUGUGCCCCAAUACUGCUGCCCCUAAACCGUUGCCUUGGGGAGAUCCCAAGCUCAUUGGUCUUGGGUUCAGCGUCUUUGUGACAAUUGUCUGUGUGGAACUAUUUGGCUCGCCACUUAUGCGAUCAGCAUCCGUCGUGUUCGGAUUGGCAGUGGGGUGUACAAUUUCGGGCGCAGCAGGGUAUUGGUCUCGCGAGAAUAUCGAUGCGGCUCCUGUCGCAACCUUCCUCUGGGUCGAGACCUUCAAGCUCUCGGUUGACGGCGCACUAGCUCUUCCGCUUCUGAUCCUGUUCAUAUGCGAGGCUGUCAGUUGCAUGCCUGACAUUUUGGCGACUGCUGAAAUUUCGGGGGUCGAUAUCGAUGGUAUAGAAUUCAACAGUCGGGUACAAGGUGGUAUUCUUUGCGAUGGAAUUGGUAGCUUGGUCAGCGCCCUGGGAACAGCAUUGCCCAUGGUCAGCCAGGCUGGCAACAAUGGAGUCAUUUCCUUGACAGGAUGUGCGAGCCGAAGAGCAGGUUGGUGUGCAGCCGCCUUCUUAAUUCUCAUGGGAAUCUUUGGAAAGUUCGGAGCGGUAUUUGGCUCAAUGCCUCCUUCAGUAUUGGGAGGAAUGCAGGUGUUCUUGUAUAGCACGAUCGUAGUAGCAGGUGUCAAGGUUCUCAGCAUGGUGGAAUUUACCAGGCGAAAUAGAUUCAUUCUCACCGCGGCACUGGGAAUUGGCUUCAUGGAUAUUGUUUCUCCGAACUGGUUCAGCCAGAUAUUGGCCUACAGUGGGUCAAAUGUUCGGCUCCAGGGUUUUGAACAGGGGAUCAAUCUGAUGGUCGAGACUCCUUUCAUAAUUGCUGCUGUGGUCGGUGUUGUGUUGAACUCGGUUCUUCCAUACGAUGGCAAGACGAAAGGCGACCUUGUUCAUGGACAUGAAAGCCGACCCUUUAACUUCUCGAAAAUGACUACAAAGAAGUCCAAGAUGGGCCGUGUACGGACCGUGCGUGGCGACCUGCGCAGCCUGACCCACUUGGUCCUCCAUCUCAAGCCGGAAGACGGACCAAUUCUGGUUUUUCAGUCGACCCAUAUUUUCUCAAUGGAAAAAAGUCAACGAAUUAUUAUUAUCGGAGCUGGAGUCUUCGGACUUAGCACGGCCUUGCGAUUGAAAGAAGAAGGCUAUAGCUCAGUCACAGUGCUCGACCGUUCUAUGCCACCCGUUCCGGAUGGUUCCAGCAACGAUAUUUCACGCAUUAUCAGAUUUGACUACGGCGAUCCUCUCUACGCUGAUAUUGCAAAAGAGGCAUAUGAUUUAUGGAAAACUACCGAUUACAACGACGCAUUCUACCCGACUCCAUGCCUAUGGGUUUGCCAGGAUGGCACCUCCACACAACUUGUGCAACCCAGAGCUCAGGAAUAUAGUGAAAAGACUAAACAUGUUUUGACCAAGAUGGGACAACCUUGGCAUGCCGUAAAGAGCGUCCAGGAGGCAAAGCAACGGUUCCCAGAACUGACUGGGCAGCUUGCAGCUACCGGUUUUGACGGGUUCUACAACACAUCCGCUGGUUGGGCCGACGCAGGAAAAGCCAUUAGUCGCCUUGCGUCUCGCUGUAUUCACGCCGGAGUAUCUUUUCUUACUGGGCCCAACGGCCAGGUAACCAAGUUUGAAUCAAAUCCCGACGGUUCUAUCAGACGAGUCUGUACAAGUAAUGGGGACAAGGUCGAGGGCGACCAGUUCAUAGUAGCUACUGGUGCUUGGACUGCUGGUCUAAUUCCGACAUGGAACUCAAUGCUCGCAGCUGGUCAGCUUGUUGGCUACUUGCGUCUCACCCCAGAGGAAGCCCUUCGGCUGAAGAACAUGCCAAUUUACUUCAACUUUUCUACCGGCUUCUUUUGCUUUCCGCCUCAUGAUGGCACGGGAUAUUUGAAGGUUGCAGUCCAUGGUUUUGGCUAUACAAGACAGGAUGGAAACGCGAACAAUGUCUCCUCGCCUCCCAUUGACGCGGUUUCUGCACGUGCCAAUUUUGUCCCAUUGGAAGGACUGGAGCGAAUGCAAUCCGGCCUUGAAGACCUGUUUCCAGAGCUUUCCUCCCGGGGUUUCGACCGAACUGGAAUCUGCUGGUAUAAUGAUACUCCUACUGGUGACUUUAUUCUGGACUAUCAUCCGGAACACAGGAACCUUUUCAUUGCCACAGGAGGCAGUGGACAUGCAUUUAAGUUCUUGCCUGUCAUUGGCAAAUAUAUUGUUGGAAGCUUCGAACGCACACUCCCACAGAACUUGCUCAACAAGUGGAAAUUCCCCGUUCAGUUCCGUGAACGCUUCCAAGGGAGGUUUUCGGUGGUGACGGCAGCCGUGGGGGGCCAGACAGGCGAGAGCUCUCGGCUCAUGAACGCAGUGCCUUCGAUUCCUCUUUGGUACUCUCAGCGAGACAAAGUAAAAUUUGAUGAAAUGCUGAAAAAUGCAUUUCUCUGUGCAUUCAUUUGA